UAUAAGGCAGUCCCUGUCUCAACAAACCCAGAACGCUUCCUGUCUGCCAAACUGGGGGUGUGCCAAAACGUAACUAGGGGAGAACUUUGUCGUCUGCUUUAGACGAGUCCACAGCAAAUAAGCAGAGGCGACAGGAAGAACUUGGUUUUGAUAUUUACUUUGCCCUGUCACUGAACACUGGCUCCAGCCCUUGCAUUCAGAAAUAAUAACAACUUAUUUAUCGAGCACAGGCGAUAUAGUUCAAAGUGCUUCACAAUAGGAUAGACGUGCAAAAAUAAUGUUAAAAUAAAAAUAAACACGAAAAUAAAAUACAAAAAGAUGUUAGUUAAAAGCAGGAGUAGACAAGCGGGUUUUGAGCUGAGCUUUAGAAGUGUCAACUGAGUCUGCUUUCCUUAUAGUGAUAGCUAUGAAGUUCCAGUCUCGUACGUAGUUCAAAAAAAAAGCCGACCUGCCAAUUAUCUUUUGAGGGGAAUUAUUUAAAUUUAAGAGAGGGCCGGAAGAAGAUUUGAGAGCUCGAACAGGAUUAUAAAACGAAAACGAUUCGGUGAUGUACUCCAGUCCCAGACCAUUAAGAGCUUUAAAAACAAGCAAUUGUUCUAAAGAUGUUUUUCAAGCUGCUGAUCUCCGGGGAUUCAGGGUAAUUGUGCAUAUUGAUCUCGAUUGCUUCUACGCUCAGGUGGAAACAAUGCAACAUCCUGAAUACCGAGGAAUGCCUCUGGCUGUUCAUCAAAAACACCUGGUGGUCACUUGUAAUUAUGAAGCCAGAAGGUAUGGAGUUAAUAAAAUGAUGUCAGUCAGCGUUGCUAAAGAAAGGUGCCCCGAUGUAAUUCUUAUCUGUGGAGAAGACCUGACCCCUUACAGGGACGCAUCAUACCAAAUAACAGAACUGCUGGAGGAAUUCAGUCCACUAGUGGAACGACUAGGCUUUGAUGAAAAUUUUGUCGACGUAACUGAACUAGUGGAGAAGAGAUUGCAACAGAUUGGAAGUGGUGUUGUCCCGGCAGACUUGUUCGUAUCUGGUCAUGUCUACGGUAACCAGGCAUUAAAUCCAGCUGAUGGAAAACAUGUUCGGCUGGCUCUUGGAUCGAAAAUCGCAGAUGAGAUGAGAGGAGCGAUAUACGAACGGAUUGGUCUCACCAGUAGUGCAGGAAUUGCGUCCAAUAAGUUGCAGGCGAAGCUGGUGUCUGGGACAUUUAAACCCAACCAGCAAGCAACAUUGUUACCAGAAAGUGUUGGAGACCGUAUGGAGAAUGUCAUGCACCUCAAACAAGUACCUGGGAUUGGUCCUAAAACCGUCAGGCGCCUUGAGUUUCAUGGAGUUCACACUAUUCAUGCUCUGCAAAUGUUUUCCUUGGACCUGCUAGAGAAGGAGUUGGGAGUGUGCGCAGCACAGCGAAUACACAAGCUCAGCUUUGGAGAAGACAAUUCUCCUGUCACCCCCAGAGGUCCACCCCAGUCCCUCAGUAAUGAAGAUUCCUUCCGAAAAUGCUCCUCAUUGGUGGAAAUCCGAGCGAAACUUGAAGAGUUACUCAUUAGUCUCCUAAUCAGAUUACAGAAAGAUGGGCGUGUACCACGGACCAUAAGAUUAACAAUUAGACGCUCUUCGGCCACUAACCAAUGGUUCAAUCGAGAGAGUCGACAGUGUCCUGUUCCAAAUCAGCUCAUGCCGAAACUUAACGCAGGUACCUGCGAACUUGUGCCUCCACUGGUUGACAUCCUAAUAAAGCUGUUGCAAAAGAUGGUGGACACAAGAUCUCUGUUCUUCGUAAGCCUCCUGAAUGUGUGUUUCUCUAACCUUAUACAGCCCGCCUUGUCUUCUCCUCUCAAAGGAUCGAUUGGUUUCUAUUUAACGCAGAAAUCUCCUGGAAAAUUAGACACGAGUCCAAAGGUAAAAGUGAAAAGACAGCUUCUCGAACAAUGGAGAGGGUCUGAUGAUUCAGGAGAUGCUACAAGUCCAUUGAAAAAGAAAAGAAAUUUCUUAGAGUCUACCUCAGAGGAUGCUGACAGUUCUGAUUCAACACAGGAAUUCUCAAAUACUAAUCUGCCACCUGGGAUUGACCUGAAUGUAUUUAGAGAACUCCCCGCUAAUAUUCAGAAGGAAAUUAUAACUGACGCCAGCCGUUCACCGAAUCAGCAGGAGUACCGCAGUCCCCAAAAGCAGAGUAUUGAGAGAACACCUCGUAAAAGCAGCUUUUACUUCAGAUCUCUCACGGAGGAUCAGAGGAAGUUGCUGAUACCCCCCGAUGCUGAGAGUAAUUUGUCCAUUCCCAGUGCAGUUCGCUCUAUUGGUACAGAUUUUCACAGCAGGACGUCAGCUGGUCCUGGAGACCAUUUGGAGGAGCGAGCUGUGCAAGGCCCUCCACCUCCAUGUGAAGUUUUGCAGCCUGCUAAGGCAGCUCCUGAGGCACCCACCAAUCAAAAUUCCCCACCCUUCCCCAGCAACGUGGAUGCAAAGGUGUUCUCACAAUUGCCAACUGAACUUCAGAAAGAACUUCUUGGGGAAUGGAAGCAGCAAAGGACGAUGUCGAAGUUAAAUGUUACAAAACGAGACAGCAAAUUCAAACCCAGCGCAGGAUCCAGACACUCCCAAAAGAUUCCCAAGUCCAACAGUAUUCUAAAGUACUUUAGCAAAAGCACUUUCCAGAAGUGAGCUUUUGGAAAAGGCAGUUUACAGGAUGGGUUGUACCCGCAAUGAUAUUUCCUGAUCGCUUCUUUGUCCUGGGCACACAAAAGUCCUGCAGUGACGGGAGACUGCUGCCAAUAUGACUGUACUUGAACAUGACAAUGAAACAGAAUGACUGAAAGCAAGGUUCUUGAAUGCUCGCAGUGUUCCUAAACAUGUGGCGUCCUUCAAAGAAAACAUUAGAUGUGCAGUGGAAUGUGUGGACUGUGUUACAUGGCACGUCAGCUGUGUCUGUUUGCCAAUUCAACAGAUGCCGUGAUAGUGUUACUGUGAUUGUUAUAAACUCACUGUGUUUACAAAAAUAAAGUUAACUGAUUGAAUUAUUGUCAUUAAAAAUUCUGACAUGCCAGACAUUUUUGUGGA